UCACACUGCAGCGAAAGUGCGGUAAAUUUGUACAAGCAAAUUACAAAAUAAUUGUUGAUGUUAAUAUGGACGUCAAACCAUUAACUGACGUUUUGUUAGUGGACACCUCAAAGAUGUGUAUCGCAUGCCGUGCAACUUCCGACUCAAUGGUCAACAUAUAUACGAAAACGCGCUUUAAGCUGCACGGACAGGAGCAGGAGCAGCAGCUGUGUCUGGCGAACAUGAUAAAUAAGUGCACUGACUUCAACUUGAGGCUGGGUGAUGGAUUCCCCACGCUCAUGUGCAUGGGAUGCAUUGAGGCGACCAAAGCUGCUUUCAGAUGGAAGCGCCAGUUCGAGGAGAGUCGCCGCUUCUUUGCACAGGUGAUAAAAGCGGAAGAAGAACUCUGCGCGCUGGUGGAGGAAGAGUGGAUUCUGACAGAAGUAAACGAAGAGUCUCAGGGACCAGGAAUACCAGAAGGCGAUGUACUCACUUUGGGUGAGCCUAAUAAGGCAAUGGGAGACGACAGAAUCGGCAACUACGAAUUACUCGAGCCAGUAGAAAAAGCCAUGGAACCCAUUGAAGAACCAAAGAGAACCAGACAAGGGAGACUUUGCAAUAAAACAAACGAGGGAUCCACUCCAGCGAAAAAACUAAGGCCUGGAAAGUGCAAAGGGUUCCCAGCCGACGACACGCACCGCCAGAAUGAAGAUGAGACAAAGUCGCUUCUGCAUACAAAAUUCGCAAGUGGGAACAGUAACGACUCGAAGCUGCCAGUUAAAAGAAAUAAACCUUUCCGGUGCUCCCAAUGCUCCAAGGCUUUUAUGCAUAAAGUCCAUAUCGAUGCUCACAUGAGACUUCAUACUGGGGAACGGCCCUUUCGAUGCCCCCAAUGCUCCAAGGCUUUUACGCAGAAAGGCAAUCUCGAUGCUCACAUGAGACUUCACACUGGGGAACGGCCCUUUCGAUGCCCCCAAUGCUUAAAGGCUUAUACGCAGAAAGGCAAUCUCGAUUCUCACAUGAGACUUCACACUGGGGAACGGCCCUUUCGAUGCCCCCAAUGCUCCAAGGCGUAUACGCAGAAAGGCAAUCUCGAUGCUCACAUGAGACUUCACACUGGAGAAAGGCCGUACCGGUGUUCCCAAUGCACCAGUGCCUAUGUCCAAAUGUCUAGUCUCAAUCUUCACCUCAUGCACCACCACCCUGAAAAGCUGCCGUACCAGUGUUCCCUCUGCUCCAAUUCUUAUGCUGAGAAGGUCGCUCUAGAAGGGCACAUCAGGCGCCAACACACUAAGAAAAUCGAGGAAGUGAAGACCACACGCGAAUACAAGCUGCGAUCUCGGGCCACAGGACCAUAACGUGCCCUCCUUUCUUGAUUUAGUCUUUGAGUAGUUUGAGUAUUUUUAAGGGUCCUUCAUGAUAUGGUUUAAUUUUAUAUUUUAAAUGUGCGGCCUCUACCUCUGCC